CACUUGCCGCCGACCCGCGCACGCCGCCAUGGCCUCCGCCGUGACACAGGCUGUCAGCGCCGUCACUGAGGCCGUCACCGAGGCCGUCACCGAGGCCGUGACGACCGUGACGUCCGCGCUACCCUCGGUGGCGCCGGACGUCACAUCCGAUGUCGUUCCGUACGACCCGAGCCUCGUCUGGCUGGUGGUGACAUCGUUCCUUGUGGCGUUCACCCUUGCCUUCGGCAUCGGCGCCAACGAUGUGGCCAACGUGUUCGGCACGAGCGUGGGCGCCAAGGCCAUCACGCUGCGGAACGCGUGCAUCAUAGCGACCAUCGGAGAGAUGCUGGGGGCGAUGCUGAUCGGGUACAAAGUGUCGGAAACAAUGAGGAAAGGAAUCCUGGACGUCGGCCUGUACCAGAACAACGAGAAGGAACUGAUGCUGGGCUCACUGGCCGCCCUAGGCGGCUCGGCCAUCUGGAACCUGCUGGCCACGUUCCUGCGUCUGCCCAUCUCGGGCACACACACCAUCGUCGGAGCCACCAUCGGCUUCUCGCUGGUAGCUCGCGGCGCCGACGGCGUCAACUGGCGCACAUUCGGCAAAAUCGUGGCCUCGUGGUUCCUGUCGCCGGUGCUGUCCGGCAUCAUCUCCAUCUGCCUGUUCCUGAUCGUGCGGACGCUGGUGCUCCGCCGACCCGAGCCGGUCGAGCCCGGCCUGCGCUCGCUGCCCUUCUUCUACGGCUUCACCAUCCUGAUCAACGUGUUCAGCGUGGUGCAUGACGGACCCUCGCUGCUGUACCUGGACAAGCUGCCCGUGUGGGCGGUGGUGCUGAUCUCGGUGGCUGCCGGUCUGAUCGUGGCCAUCGGCGUCCAGCUGCUGCUCGUGCCGCGACUCCGGAGACAAAUCAAAGUAACCACCCCACCCAGCAGCCACCCAUUGUCCAACCAAAACUACUAG